ACAUAUCCAUCUACGUUUACGAGAAAAUGUGACAAUUAUCUUGUCCUUAUGCCGACAACAAAGCUGUUCGCUAGCUUGCAAGGAGCUAUCAUCAAUCUUCCGUGUUUUGUUUUUGAGUGCAGGAUAUUUAAAUACGGAGCCAAUGAGCCAAUUUGAGUUACUGAUAUGUAGCUACAGUUAAUCGAUACGUUUAGCGAGCUAGUAGUUUGCAGCAAAUGCGAUGUCUCCCCUUGGAAUUAGUUCGCUACAUCUCUUACAGGCAGUAAAUGUUGAUGUUCUCGUCUUGUCGAUUUCGUUGGGUUACGCUGUUUACUAGUAACGUUAGAUAGCUACGGCUAACCGAUCCGCUAGCUAUAUGCUUUCAUAGUCGACAUCAGUGACAAAAUUACAAGGGCUGUGAUGUCAUGGCAGCUGCCAGCGUGACAAGACCUGGCAAUGUCCAGACCACAGAAAAAUCACAGUUGACCUUGAAAGUGGUCUCAGCAAAGCCUCAGUCACCUAAGCUGCCCACCCGUUCCAGACUCAGCUCUUUUGUGGAGGUGACUGCCGAUGGCCUGACUAGUGAAACCAAGAAAACAGGAAAACGCACUGGACACCUUGAGUUACAGUGGAACGAGGACCUCACCCUGAAUGUGACGCCUCAGAGCCACUUAGAUCUGAAGUUGUGGAGCUGCCACACCUUGAGGAAGGAGUUGCUGGGAAGUGCCACCAUUGACCUGCUUGACACCCUGCGUACACAUGAUGGCAAGAUGGAGAAUCUGCAGCUCAGUCUGGUCUUGCAGACAGAGAACAAAGGCUCAGUUGUAGCAGGAGGCGAGCUGAACGUCUGUCUGGACGGCCUGGUUGUUGAUCUGGGAUCUUUGCCCAAUGGCAGCACAGCAACAGACAUUUGUACAGAGAUGCUGCAGUCGGACAGACAAAACCUACGCAGGACCCAGAGUGAAGAAACCCCCAGUACAGCCAGCGGCCCCCACGGCAGGACUCACAGACACUCUGCAGGGGGUUCGCGAGGGGUUUCCCCGGGGGGCUCUCUGACUAACGGAGAGCUGAGUGAGGACCAGAGUCCUGGGGCUUCUGGUCACCUCCGCUCGGCCAAGAACUCCCACAGCAGCCCUGGGAGUGCAGGUAAAGUUGAGCUGACUGCCAACGGGCUGGAGAAUGGCCGGAGUGGUCUGGCUCCUCACACACCCCCACCCUCCUCCCCGUCGGUCCUGUCCCCAGCUCCCAGCAGCAGCCCCUCUCCUGGGCCAGACAGCACAGUCCUCCCCCCUCCUACAGAGGCACCCCCUGCCGGCAGCAACCCAUCUACUGCUACAGAGCCUGUUCCAGAAUCACUACCGAAUGGCUGGGAGCAGCGAAUCCUGCCCCAUGGCAGGGUGUACUACGUGGACCACAACACAAAGACCACCACCUGGGAGAGACCUCUUCCACCUGGUUGGGAGAAGCGUGUGGACCAGCGAGGCAGGUUCUACUAUGUGGACCACAACACCAGAACCACCACGUGGCAGCGGCCCACGGAAGAAUCAGUCCGGAACUAUGAGCAGUGGCAGUCCCAACGCAGCCAGCUCCAGGGGGCCAUGCACCAGUUCAGCCAGAGGUUCCUCUACCAGUCGUCUGGUGUUCCUGCUGUGGAAAAUGACCCUCUCGGCGCGCUCCCUCCAGGAUGGGAGAAACGGCAGGACAAUGGGAGGGUGUAUUUUGUCAACCACAACACACGGACCACACAGUGGGAGGACCCAAGAACCCAAGGGAUGAUCCAGGAGCCCCCCCUGCCCCCUGGCUGGGAAAUGAAGUACACCACGGAGGGAGUCCGAUAUUUUGUGGAUCACAACUCUCGCACCACCAGCUUUAAAGACCCUCGUCCCGGGUUUGAGUCAGGGUCGAGGACAGGUGGUUCCCCUGGGGCCUAUGAUCGCAGCUUCAGGUGGAAAUACCACCAGUUCCGCUUCCUGUGCCAUUCCAAUGCCUUACCCAGUCAUGUGAAAAUCUCAGUGUCCAGACAGACUCUGUUUGAAGACUCAUUUCAGCAGAUCAUGAAUGUGAAACCCUAUGAUUUGCGUAGAAGACUCUACAUCAUCAUGAGGGGAGAGGAAGGUCUUGAUUAUGGAGGCAUUGCUAGAGAGUGGUUCUUCCUGCUGUCCCAUGAGGUGUUGAACCCCAUGUACUGUCUGUUUGAGUACGCUGGGAAGAACAACUACUGUCUGCAGAUCAACCCCGCCUCCUCUAUCAACCCUGACCACCUCACAUACUUCCGCUUCAUAGGGCGAUUCAUUGCCAUGGCCCUGUACCAUGGCAAGUUCAUCGAUACUGGCUUCACUCUGCCAUUCUACAAGCGUAUGCUCAACAAGAAACCCACUCUGAAAGACUUGGAGUCUAUUGACCCUGAGUUCUACAACUCUAUCAUGUGGGUCAAAGAUAACUGUCUGGAGGAGUGUGGAGUGGAGCUGUACUUUGCUCAGGAUAUGGAGAUUCUAGGGAAGGUGUCCACCCACCAGCUGAAGGAUGAUGGAGAGAAUGAGCUGGUCACCUCGGAGAACAAGGAGGAGUACAUCAGUCUGCUGACAGACUGGCGGUUCAUGCGUGGUGUGGAGGAGCAGACCAAGGCCUUCUUGGAUGGCUUCAAUGAGGUUGUGCCUCUGGAGUGGCUACGCUACUUUGAUGAGAAAGAGCUGGAGCUGAUGCUAUGUGGCAUGCAGGAGAUAGACCUCAGUGACUGGCAGAAGAACACCAUCUAUCGGCACUAUACCAAGAACAGCAAGCAGAUACACUGGUUCUGGCAGGUGGUAAAGGAUAUGGACAAUGAGAAGCGGAUCCGCCUGCUCCAGUUUGUCACAGGAACAUGCCGUCUGCCAGUCGGAGGGUUUGCUGAACUCAUAGGGAGUAAUGGACCACAAAAAUUCUGUAUAGACAAGGUGGGGAAGGAGACUUGGCUUCCAAGAAGUCACACCUGCUUCAAUCGUCUGGACCUGCCACCCUACAGGAGCCUGGAGCAACUGAAAGAGAAACUUAUGUUUGCCAUCGAGGAGACAGAAGGAUUCGGGCAGGAAUAAGGGAGAAAAAAUAAUAAUAAUCACAUUAUGAGUGAGGGAAGGUGGAUAGAGAAAGAAGAGUCAUUCAUUCAAAUAGUUUUUUUGUUGUCAAUCAUAGGGAUAUGAACUCUCCAAUCAUCUAGACCCCACUUCCAGAUCAUGUGUGGUUGGGAGACCAUAGAGAACCAUAGAUACAGGUGGGCACCCCAGUCCAGUCCUCCUAGGCUGUGGAGGGUGCUGGGGGGUACAAGGGAACCAGUAGGGAAAAGGUGUGUGUGCUGAUGGGAUGGUCCAGCCAGGUUAGUGUUAUAUUAUAUGACCAUAAACCCCCUCUCCUGCCCUAAGACCCCACCCACUAGAUCUAGAGACACACCAAAAACAUAAAGGAUAAUGUCUUCAAAUAAUUAUAUCAACUGCAAAUCGCAACGACAGCACAGCUACAGCAACUAUAUCUUUUGAAGAUAAAUGAACAUUUUUAAAAUAAGUCUGUGAAUGGAAGAGAGAAAGAGGUUAUAAUUAGUGACCUCUUAAGAGGAUUGAUUGGUGAAAUGUGAUUUUAUUUAUUUUUUGUUCAUUGUGAAAUUCAGCAUUACCUGUACAUAGCUCAAAUAAAUGACUCAAAUCUUA